AUGGUAUACGGUAAGGCUUGUCACCUCCCCGUCGAGCUUGAGCAUAAGGCAUAUUGGGCAAUACAAUUCCUCAACUUUGAUACCAAGGAAGCUGGUCAAAAGCGACUGCUUCAAUUGAACAUGAUGGAUGAAAUGAGGCUCCAUGCCUAUGAAAAUGCCAAAAUAUAUAAAGAACUCACAAAAAAGUGGCAUGAUAAGCGUAUCAUUCUACGGAAUCUAAGGGUAGGCCAACAGGUUUUACUCUAUAACUCUAGACUCCGCCUCUUUCUAGGAAAAUUACGCUCAAGGUGGUCCGGCCCAUUCACGAUUAAAGAAAUUUUUCCGCAUGGAGAAAUUGAGAUUAGGGACGGUGACCGAAGUUUCAAGGUUAAUGCUCACCGUCUAAAAGUUUACCAAGGUGGAAAUUUUGAUCCCGUUAAAACCGCCAUCAGUCUUGAUUAA